AUGAAUGUGACGUCAAUAACCAAUGAUGGCGAUGAGCGAAAAGUCGAGAAUAUUGCGUUGGAGCCAGAAGAAGUCGAAUACACCGAGGUUUCUCCGGAUGCCAAGUUUGUUGACUUGACAAGACAUCGAUUGAAGAAAAUUGAGGAUUACUCUUGGAUGACCAAAGUUGAGCACAUCUCGUUCCGCUGGAAUUUGCUCAAGAAAAUUGAGAAUCUCGAUAUGCUCACCACGUUGACUUAUUUGGAGUUUUAUGACAAUCAGAUUGAGAAAGUCGAGAAUUUGGAGAAGCUGGUGAACUUGGAAACGCUCGAUCUAUCCUACAAUCGAAUCAGCAAAAUCGAGAAUCUCGAAAAAUUGACGAAACUCAAAACGCUUUAUUUCGUGCACAAUAAGCUUUCGAAAAUCGAGGGUCUUGACACGCUCACGGAGCUCGAGUAUCUCGAACUCGGCGACAAUCGCAUCAAGAAGAUUGAGAAUCUCGAGAACAACUUGAAAUUGGAUCGACUUUUCCUUGGCGCCAAUCAAAUUUACAACAUCGAGAAUCUCGAGCACUUGAAACAAUUGCAAGUGCUCAGUUUGCCGGCGAACGCGAUCACCAGUAUUGAGAAUGUCGCCGGUUUGACGAAUUUGAAAGAAAUCUAUUUGGCGCAAAACGGCAUCGAAUACAUUGGCGGUCUUGGCGAGAACCGGCUUCUCGAAAUUCUUGAUCUCAAUCAGAAUCGCUUGGUGAAAGUCGAAAAUAUUCGACAUUUGACGAGAUUGACCGAUUUUUGGGCGAGAAAUAAUAAGCUCUCUGAUUGGAGCUUCUUCGACGAGCUCACCCACCUGCCACAGCUCAAUUGCGUCUAUCUCGACUUCAAUCCGAUCUCCGAGCAAGAAGGCUACCGCACAAAAGUGAUCCGUCUUCUCCCACAAAUCACCCGUCUCGAUGGGACCACUUGCCGUCAGGAGUCGCUAGUUCGAGCGCCCGUACCAUCCGGCCCGCCGCCAAACGAGAUCUUCGACGGCAUCGCGCACAUCGAUCUCAAAACCAAGGACGAUCUCGUUGUGAUUUAG